GGGCCAUUGCUCCUGAGCCAUAAGUUUUGCCUCCUGGAAGAAGCUUUGCUAUUGCAGAGGUGUUGCUGCCUUCCCUCCCCGCACCAUCAGGGAGGCACAGGGUCUUCCUGGGGAAGUUGAGCCAGAAAGCAAGCUACUGGGCUGGAUGGGGGAGUCCUGACUCCUCCAACCGGCUCCAAAGAUGGAGCUCCCCACUGACACCUUCAUCCAAGGGGUGGGGGAUGAGGUGACAGUGGUGGCUGGUAUAGUGAUGCUGGUCCUGGUGCGGCUGUCCACUUAUGUUGCUGACAGCAGCAACCAGCUUUUGGGAACAAUUGUGACAACGGAUGCAGCUAUUAUCUGGCUUGGCCACGUGGAGCGGGUCCCUGAAAACCCAGAAGAGAAAACAGAAGAGGAAGGUGGAGCAGUGUCAGGGCCAGUAGCAGAGCAGGGGGCUGGCAGCAGCCCCCCUGACCCUGGCCUAGAGCAGCUGCUGGUCAUCCAGAGAUUGCCUAAAAGGACCACAGCUGCUGAGCCCAGUGCCCCAGGUAGCCAGAGGGAGCCACCUGCCCUGAUGGGGAGUGAUUUGUACUCUGGCAUCAUCAAGAUCUGGCUCAAAUUCCUCAAUGACAUGGAGGAGGACACUGUGGGGGGCCUCAAGAGCAAGUAUUUCCUGGGCCAGGAGAGCCAGAUAAAGUUCAUAUACCGUGGGCACCUGCUGCAGGACCAGCAGCAGAUGCUGCGUUCGCUACACAUCACAGACAACUGCGUCAUCCACUACCACCGCUCCCAGAGUGCCACCAACACCCCCACCUCCCUGCCCAGUGCUGCCACUGCCACACCAGGUGCCAGGGGCCUCCCCCUGGGUGCAGGGAACCUCAUAGUCCCCACCGUCAUGGUGGUGCUGGCAGUUGUCUGGCAUUUCUGGUCCCCCCCAUCCCCCAGGGACCAGCAGUGCUCAGGUGGUGCUUUUCUCCACUGUGGCAUUAUGGUGACUGCAGCUGGUGCAGCAUGGAGCUUGGCCCACCCUUCCCAAUCUUGCUGCUGGACUUUGCCCCCCCCCAGAAGGGGCUGUGCUCCCCCCAGAUACUGUCUUCCUCCUCCUCCCCCUAAUCCCAAGCACAGAUCAGGGGAAAGAUCUCAGCCUGAGUGAACAUGUUGAAGGUACCCAGGGCUCCGCACUGGGCUGCUGCUUCCUCCCACAGACUUUUUAAAGGAAAUAUAAGAUGUAACAUCAGCCCUCCCCUUGCUUCUGGGAAGCAUUCAUUAAAAAACAGGCAGCCCCAAGAGCAGAGUCUGGUAAACUGUG